UGCAGGGGGAGUGGGUGAAAGUGUCAUCUAGGAUAUUUUUAUUUUCACCCCAUUUAUUCCAGGAAGGAAGUUUGUGCUGGGGAGCCUCUAUGAGCUUUGGGAGUAUAUUGUCACCCAGGAACAAGGAAAUAAAUACAUUGCCAAAGGGAAGGAGAGGCCAUCUGAGAGGUCUCCUGCCAGCUUCCUAGGGGGACAAGGAUUCGGUGUAUUUUGGGAAAACGCUGCUGGCUGAGAGGGAGGCUAGCAGGGGUCUAUGUGGAGUUCUCUGGAAGGGUCCUGCUCUGGUUGAACCAUGAUGGUCCACUGUGCUGGCUGUGAGAGGCCCAUCUUGGACCGGUUCCUGCUCAAUGUUCUGGACCGGGCUUGGCAUGUCAAGUGUGUGCAGUGCUGUGAGUGCAAGUGUAACCUCAGCGAGAAAUGCUUCUCCAGGGAGGGAAAACUCUACUGCAAAACAGACUUUUUCAGGAGAUUUGGUACCAAAUGUGCAGGCUGUUCCCUGGGGAUCUCCCCCAGUGAUCUGGUCAGGAAGGCCAGAAACAAAGUAUUUCACUUGAAUUGCUUCACCUGCAUGGUCUGCAACAAACAGCUCUCAACGGGGGAGGAACUGUACAUUAUAGACGAGAACAAAUUUGUCUGUAAAGAGGACUAUGUUAGCUCCAGCAGCCUAAAGGAGAGCAGUCUCAACUCAGUGUCAUCUUGCACAGACAGAAGCUUGUCUCCUGAUAUCCCAGACCCCAUACAAGAUGAGAGCAAAGAGACAGACCAUUCCACAUCCUCGGACAAAGAGAUAGCCAACAAUGAAAAUGAGGAACAGAAUUCUGGCACGAAGAGGCGAGGACCUAGGACCACCAUUAAAGCCAAACAGCUGGAGACUCUCAAAGCAGCAUUUGCUGCCACUCCGAAACCAACAAGACACAUUCGAGAGCAGCUGGCACAAGAAACUGGGUUGAAUAUGCGAGUUAUUCAGGUUUGGUUCCAAAAUCGGAGGUCCAAGGAGAGAAGAAUGAAGCAGCUUAGUGCGUUGGGUGCCAGGAGACAUGCUUUCUUCCGGAGCCCAAGACGCAUGCGUCCCUUGGGAGGAAGACUAGAUGAGUCAGACAUCUUGGGGUCUGGUGCAUACAGCUACUAUGGAGAUUAUCAAGGAGAUUAUUAUGGAAGUGGAAAUUAUGACUUUUUUCCCCAUGGGCCUCCAUCUCAGACUCAAUCCCCUGCAGAUUCCAGUUACCUACAGAACACUGGACCUGGUUCAUCCUCUCUAGGACCCUUAGAACCUCAAUUGUCUGGUCAUCAUCCCUCAGAAAACCAAAGAUAUGCGGACAUGAUAUCUCACCCAGACACUCCCAGCCCAGAGCCUGGCAUGACUGGCUCACUCCAUCCCAUUCCUGGAGAAGUCUUCAGCAAUGGUCCUAGUCCACCUUUUUCUAUGUCUAGCAAUAGUGGUUUCAGUGGCCCACUACCCCAUCAAAAUCCAGAUAUGAAUGAAGCUACAGUAUGGUAAUACUGUAUGGACUGACUGUGGAAUGUACUGUUUCUUCUCCUUAACCAGAAUUCUACCUUUCACCUGUUUUCUUCAGUUUUUUUUCCCUUGACUCACCAAUUAGUAUGGUGAACAUUUCAUCUUAUAAAAGACAAGUCCAACUGCUCUCAGUGUUCCUCUGACUCCUCGUUACAUUUUUUUUCCCUAAGAUUAGGGGAUGCACAGUGAACAAGCUGCAGUGCCCAGAGUUAAAAUAUCUGUGAAAAUCUGGGUGCAUUAAUACCAAAAUCAAGUGACCCAAAACCAAAAGCCACCUCCACGACAGCUUAAGAUAAACAUCAAGUCUGUCUUUCUCGUCUUAUCUUAAACCACUCUGACAAUGGGACUAACAGCACAGGGACCAAUAUGGCGCUGAAACCAAAAUUCACAUUCAUAGAUGUUUCAAUGUAAAACUGCCUCUCCCCCUUUUUUUUUUUUUUCUUUUUUUUUUUUAACUUGAAGCCAACUGAACAACUAAUCUACCCAGUUUCAUUGGGACCAAGCUACAUUUCCAAGCUGUGUAAGACAAGACCAUUGUGAGUCCUCACCCAAGUUCCCAGAUUAACCCUAACGUAAUUAUCAGUUUUGGUAUCCAACACAGCAUACAUUCUACCACAUGCCCAGUUAUCACGAAUGGCUUUAUUUUGUUUUUUAAUUAUUUUUUUUAAUGAUGUUAUGCACCUCUUCAACAUAAAGGGCAUAGGUUGCAUUACAAAAUAUUGAAUAAAACCGAGAAAGAUUGUUUUAUUGUGUGUCUCUUAACAAUGCAACUUCUCUAAAAUAACUGGUCACAAUGCACCAGCCAUAACGUUAGGUAGUUAUCUAAAGCAAUAAAAUGUGUGAAGGGAUAUACAUGUGCUAAUGAAAAGCUUUGGAUUUAGCGAUUUCUUUCACUCCUAGUUUUUGCAUUGAUUAAAUUCUUACCUGGCAUUAACCCAGCCAUCUUAAAGAAUUUGUGUCAAACAACCCUACCGUUCUUACUUUAGAUUGAUAAACUAUACUGGCACAAAUCAAGUCAAGAGUUUGUAUUAUUAAGAUAACCAUCUAGGCUUUUUAUGGGCUGUUGGAAGAAUGAAAUAUAAAAAUAGUAUGCUCUAUAGGAGCCCUCUAGUGCCUAAUCACUAGAAUACAACCUCUGUCCUUAACUUCAGUAAGAAACCAGAUGAAAAGUUGCAAUGCUGAUUCCAAUUUUCUUUAUCCUAAUUUCUCCAAACUUUAAAAAAUACCCAACCCACUUGUUAACCUUGACCUGGGAGAGAAGA